AUGCCCUCCCGCCGCGGAACGCAUGGUGCGCCAUCUCUCCAUCGAUCAACGCGGUCUUGGACAGAUCACGACGGUAAUCACUUUACCAUCAACAGCUCCUCGAGUGGCACUGGAUUGUCAUUCGAAGCCAUGACUGGCACUUCAGGCGACCCGUUUGCGAGGACCAUGCCCGCACCCGCUGCACCCCGGCGGGCUUCCAUGUUCUCAAAUGCCUUUUCUAUGGUGGAGGAUAUGAUUGCCCUACAGCAGCAACAGCGUGCGGCUUUUGAGAGUGGCGCACAACUUCGCCAAUCCAGGACGCACGGCUUCCCUGUCGACGGCGGCAGCGAGACGGAGGGUGAGGAUGAUGGCCUUGCUUAUGGUCAGCACGACGGCCGCAGGAAGUCUGUCCUCUCUAGGAUCAAGGAGAGAUUGCUCGAUGGGAAGAAAAGUCCGAGGAAAGAUGACGGCUCGAGCAGCAGUCGCGAGGAGUCACCCGCUCCGAGUCCCAAAAUAGGUCGAAGGGCGAGUGCAUAUGGACCUGAUCCCGCGGAUCCAGUAUGGUCACAGCAGCGGUCUCGRCCAUCUCCUUUCCACAUUGUAGUAGAACACGACGACGAGGAUUCCGAAGAGCCAGGCUCAUAUGAGCUACCCAGGAAAGCACCGAGUCCCAAGAGGAACAACAAGCUCCAGGCGCUUAUUGACGCCGUCGAUAACGAGCGACAGGCUUUGCGGGCCUGUAAGAAGAAGCUAGAAAAAGCGUCGCGGCAAUCCAAUGUUACAUCCGCUGUUCUGCAGCAGGUGAUUGACGAAAUGAAACUCCACGAGCGGUCCUUGGCAGAUGCGACCAAUCGUUUCAACAUGGCCAGGCUGGAGCAGAGAGGAAGUCGGGCGCCGGGAGCCCGAGCACCACCACGGCCACGGCCGCAGACAUACCAUCCCCGACGUUCCCAGUGGGGACCUCACGCGCCAGCCAUGGACGACCACUACUUUCCUACAUUUCCGGGGUUCGAGACCGAGCCUCUCCCCUCUCACAGCCAACAUAGGCAUGCCAAGUUUGGCGCCCAUGAACACCCUGAUCCUUACGACCAGCUUCCAAGACCACAAAGCUUUGCGGACUUUGCAAAUUUCUUCCAGCAUGUGCCGCAUCCGAUGGCGGAUGACGCUCGUUUCCACCUGUUCGACGUGCCGGAGAUGAACCCGCGAAAUUCCCAGCAAAACAGGACGCGGUACAGUCAUAUUCCACCCCCCUCCCAUCGUCAGAGCCAUCAGUUCCGAGCUUUUACUCCACCACCUACCCCGCCCUCUCCAGAGCCACCGUCGUCUCUUUUGGUCCCUGCCGAAGCUCAGAGGCUCUUCCAAUCGUACAACAGUCGGUGGAAGGCCCUGCUCCCAACAGACCCUGCCAUCCCAUAUCCAGCCCGCGGCUUACAAGCGUCCUCGCUGAGCGCUCGGGAUUCGCUCUGGGCACCACGUAUCAGGACCGACGUAUCGAAAUGGAAUGAGGAAACGAUCAUGCAAGCCAACGCUCAGGCUUUCUACUUGGGCGUGGUGGGGUUGAAGCCAGAGUACUCCGAGACAGCAGGUAACGGACAGAUUGAGUGUGGUUUCCAGAAGAGUUCGGCUAGUCCUGAACAGAUCAAGCAGUUGGUGGAAAUGUUGAAGAAAGAAAAGCCCAGAUGGCAUUCUGACCGGCUGGGGCGACGUAAUGGAGGAGUGAUGGGUGGAAUGCUGAAUGAAACACUACAGAAGGAUGUCAGAGCCAGGGCUGUUUUUCAUGCUGUUUGCGAGUUGAUGGAUCGGGCGCAGGAGUAA